AUGACGAGCAAAGUGUUUAUUACAGGUGCCACCGGAUACAUAGGAGGAGAGGCGUUGUACCAGCUUCUCAAUUGCUCCAAGAAUUAUGAGAUUACUGCAUUGGUGAGAUCGGAAGAAAAAGCCGAAAAACUCAAAAAAGCUACGGGAAACAAAGUCCAGACGGUAAUUGGACAACUUGACGAUUUGGAAUUGAUCGAGGAGCAAGUUCGUGCAAGUGACAUUAUUAUUAAUACUGCUAAUGUGGACCAUGUUCCGAGUGCGGAAGUGCUCCGCAAGGCAUUGACUGCGAAAAAAGAACCAACUAUUCUCAUUCAUACCUCAGGAACUUCAGUUUUGGGAGAACCCUUGGAUGCUAACAAGAAGCCCACUUUGAAAGUGUGGUCGGACGAAAAGGAUAUUGACGAAAUUAACCUGAUUCGUGAUGAUGCUCCUCACCGUCCCGUCGACAAGCUCAUCUUGGAAAUCCAGGAAAAGAACCCGCAAGUCAAAACUGCUGUUAUUUGUCCAUCGCUUAUUUUUGGUAUCAGCCAUGGCUACGACAAGGUCAAUUCGGUCCAGAUUCCAGAAUUGAUCAAGGCUAGUGUCAAGAACGAUGGUCCAUUUUCGGUGUAUUCUGGAGAAGCUAUUUGGAGUCAUAUUCACAUCCACGACUUGGGAGAGCUUUAUAAGGUUGUUCUCGACAAGCUCGUGGCUGGCGAGAGCAUUCCUCAGGGCAGAGAGGGCUACUAUUUUGGUUCUUUGGCUCUCAAGAAUGAGCCUACUCCAACUGAAGAACCCACUGAAGUCGAGCAUUUGUGGAGAAAAUUGUCAGAAAAAGUUGGUGAGGUACUUUACAAACGUAAACUUGUGAAAACUGACAAGGUGCAAGAGCUUCAACCAGACCCAAUUGUUCAACUCAAGGAUGGAGACGUAUUUGCACCAUACUACUGGGGUACUAAUUCCAGGUCUCGUGGUGACAAUGGCUAUAAAAUUGGAUGGAAACCCAAGUAUACUACUCUCAACCAGUUCUGGGAUGCGGUGGAACAGGAUUUGGACCACUUGAUCAAGAUUGGGCAAGUCAAGGAAUCAAAGUAG